CUCUCUGCGUGCACGACGAGCAAAAUAACAGAAGGAAGAAGAAUCCGCGAAAUGACGUCAGUAGCUGCUUUCGAUAAAAUGCAUUAUUUAGAGCGCCCUAUUCUAACGGUAUCGCCCACAGACGGUAAUAAUGUAAUUUGAAUAUAGGAAAAAGCUGUUUGGCGCACUCCGAGGAUGAGACGGCAGGUUGAUUGUUUACCUAGCGAUUUUUGCGGCCGUGUUAACAUAUUUAAGUGGUACAGCGAUAAGAUACGCGAACUUGCACGAUUACGAUAGAAAUUAGUUUUUGAAACUAUGACGGGACUUAAAGAUCUCGCCCACGCGUCGAGGGAAGAGUUUACGCGUUUCGUUAAUUCUUUCGAUUACGUAUUUUGCGAUAUAGAUGGUACGCUAGUCCUGACGGGGGCCGUCAUACCCGGGGCCCAGGAAUGCGUCUCAAAAUUCCGCAGCCAAGGCAAGCGCGUCGCUUACUUCACCAACAACGGUUUCACCAAGAUCGAACGCAUACGGUCGAAGCUGAAAGCGUUCAGCCCCGGCGACGAUGACGUCAUCACCCCCACCAAGUCGAUCGUGUUGUACCUGAAACGGAUCAAGUUUGACCGAGCGAUUUACGUGAUCGGUACUCCGAAUCUUGUGGAAUCGCUUCGCGAAGCGGGCUUCGAGAUUGCGAGUUUCGAACCCGACCAAAUUGGCGACGCCGACGACGAACUGUGGGAGAUGCGCAAGCAGUGCCUGGCGACGAGGAAAACUGAAGUGGGCGCGGUCAUAGCCGACGUCGAUUUUAAAUUCACGCUGGUGAAGGCGCAGAGGGCCGUGGCGCUUCUCAACGCCGCACCUGACGUGUUGUUUUUGUGCGGCGCCACCGACGAUUCCACGUCUCUCGGCGACGGUAUCAAAAUGGUCGGGCCCAAGUACUACGUAGAGGCGAUCGAGCACCUCACGGGCCGAAAGCACACUGCUCUGGCCAAGCCGAGCGUCAACAUGAAGGAGGUGCUGCAGGAAAACUUCAAAAUCACCGAUCCCAGGCGGGUCUUGUUCAUAGGCGACUCGAUCAGUUCGGACAUGGGCUUCGCGGCGAACUGCGGUUUCCAGAAGCUGCUCGUAUUGUCCGGCACCGCCCACCGGAGCGACGUCGAAGACUGGCGCCAUCUGGCUGAGCACGUGCCCGACUACUACGUCACGGAUAUCGGGGUGUUUAACGAACUGCUCAACAAAUACGAAUGA